UGAAACACCUAUUCGGAUUUCUGUUAAUGACUUUGAUGUACCAUAUAAAGACUGUCUUUGCUGGUUUAGAGGUCUUCAACUAUAAAGUUGUAUCGAAUCUGAGGGAUAAAAUUCCAACGGACCUAGCAGUAUUUAACAUGAGAAAUACCUCACCAGUUCGAUGCGUCCAAAGAUGUGCUUUAAAUAAGAACUGUCUGUCAGUUUCUCUCACGAGUAAUUCUAUUUGUCAAGGAUACUCAAAAGUGUAUGGAAUAAAUUCCUCUUCUUUGAUCACUCACACAGGAACAAGAUUAUAUGCUUGGAGAAUAACAGAGGAGUCGUCUUGUAACGUAUUUGGAUAUACUUGGAACGCAUCUCUAUCGGUUUGUUACAAAAUUCACACGGGGAGCAACGUUUACCAAACAGCAGUAUCACAAUGUUCGUCGGAACACCCAAGAAGUAGACUGUUGUUGGUGGAUUCAGAGUCAAUCUACAACUUUCUUCUUGACCUUAUAGAGACCCACAACCUUGGAGCUGUCUACCUCCAAGGGACACGCACCCCUGGAUCAGCGUACGUUGACGACGAAGGUCGACCAAUCCCAUUUUUCCGCUGGGAUGUGGGAGAACCAGAACCUACAGGGGAUUAUCUCCGCACAGAUGACGUUAGCAGACUGCAGGAAGUCUCUACAGGCGUUAAUGCUUAUAACUAUAUAUGCAGCAUAUAUAACUAUUUUUGAGUAGUCAACUGACAUUAUGUUUUUUUCAGAAAUAGCAGUGUCUCAGCAUUAAUAAAUAUUUGAAACUUUUUGACGUGUCAAAAUUU